AUGGUGGUGUCGUUCGGGUCGUUUCUGUGCGUCGAGUACGCCAACAGCGCCCUGAAGAAGGCGACGAGCGAACCCUCCGACCUCUCGCCCGAGACGAUAGCGAAGAUCCGCCAGGCCGCGUACUCGUGCGCGGCGCUCAUCUUGAUGUCGCUGAUGGUCACACACUCCCCCUGGGGGCUCAGCGUCAGGUACCCCGCAAAACACCUCCUCCUCGUGGCGUUCGUCCAGCCGCCCGCCGGCGGCGUCUUCGCCGCGCUCCUCCUCGCGCUGCACUUCGACGGCAUCGUCCGCAACGCCGCGGCGCUCGCGAAAUUCGCGGUUGUGCUUUGGCCGCCCCAGCACGCGUCAGACGGGCUGCACGCGACCGCGGUCACGCGGCGCGCGCACGUCCUGACCGUCGUGGAGCGCGCGCACACGCUGCACCGCUCCGCGCUGCCGCUCGUGGUGUGGGCGCCGCUGCUGUGGAGCCACAGCCGCGUGUUUGGCCGCGCCCUCGCUGCCGUUUACGUCGCCAGCAAGGCGUGCAGCGUGGCGUCGCACGUCGCCGACGUCUUCCGGGCCGUCGCGGCGAUGCGCAAGAGCGCUGCGCAGGCCAGAAUGCCGGCGGGCGCGGAGGGCGCGGCCAGGGCGCCCGGCGUGGGGCGGUGGGCGUCGCAGCUGGAGCUGUGCGCGUUGCAGAGCAGCUCGGACCGCAACCGGACCGCGGACGGACCCGCGGUGGCCUGCUGCGCUAUCUGCCACGUGGAAAUGGAGGUCGGCGAGGCGGUGGUUCUCGAACCUGUGUGUGCGCACAUUUUCCAUGAAAGGUGCGUUGUGGAGUGGUUCAAGCGGGGAACGACGUGCCCGAUCUGCCGGGAGCCCGUGCCGUGGGCCGCGAAGGCCGGGCAGGACGAGGACCUGGUGGGGCUGAACAGAGACGGCAGAAUACGGCUGCCCAUCAUUGCUUGA